UCCACGUCCUUAGCCUCAGCAUUUGGCAAAACAGCAAGCCAGUGAAGAAAAAGCAUCACGAGUCAGCCGUUGAUCGCGCCGUUCCAUCCACCGCGCCGCUCUCGUUCUCCCCUCCCGGCGACUCUUCGACGUGCGUCUCGCAUCGUCGCCAAGUCCGCCUCGCUGCUUCCAGGGCCGCGCAUCUCUAAUCCCGCCUCUCAGCGUCGCGGCACGGCAGCGGGCAUGGCGGCGGCGGUAGCGGCGUGUUCGACGGCGCGCGCGGGGCUGGGCCUCAAGACGUGUCUGCACGGGCUGGUCGCCUCGCCGCGACUCCUCGCGCCGCUGCAGACGGCGGCGCGUCGGCUUUCGGAGGCGGCGGGCGUGGGGCGGGCGGGGGCGCGGGUGAGCAUGGCGCUGAGGAGCGGCAUCGUGGGGCUGCCCAACGUGGGCAAGUCGACGCUCUUCAACGCGCUCGUGGAGAACGGCAAGGCGCAGGCGGCCAACUUCCCGUUCUGCACCAUCGAGCCCAAUGUGGGCGUCGUGGCGGUGCCCGACCCCCGCCUGGGCGUGCUGUCGGGGCUGACGGGGUCGCAGCGCACGCUGCCCGCCACGGUGGAGUUUGUCGACAUCGCCGGGCUCGUCAAGGGCGCCAGCCAGGGCGAGGGUCUGGGCAACAAGUUCCUGUCGCACAUCCGAGAGGUGGACUCCGUUGUUCAGGUGGUGCGGUGCUUUGAGGACAAUGACAUUGUGCACGUCAGCGGCGCCGUGGACCCCACCACUGACAUCGACGUCAUCAACCUCGAGCUCGCCCUCAGCGACCUCUCCCAGAUUGAGAAGCGCAUGGAGCGGCUGGGCAAGAGUCGCUCCAAGGACCCUCAGGCUCGCAGCCGGGAGGAGGCGGAGGCAGCAGCGCUAGCGCGCAUAUCAGAGGCGCUGCUGGCAGGGCGGGCGGCGCGCAGCGUGGAGCUGAGCGAGGAGGAGGCGCCGCUGGUGGCGCAGCUGUGCCUGCUGACAGCCAAGCCCAUCAUCUAUGCGGCGAACGUCGCUGAGACCGACCUUGCUGACCCCUCCUCCAACCCGCAUGUCUCAGCUGUGCGGCAGCUGGCCAGCAGCGAAGGCGCGGAGUGCGUUGUGGUCUCCGCUCAGGUGGAGGCGGAGCUCUGCGAGCUGGGUGCGGAGGACCGCGCGGGGUACCUGGAGGAGCUGGGCGUGGCGGAGGGUGGGCUGGCAGGUCUCGUGCAGGCCACCUACCGCCUGCUGGGGCUGCGCACCUACUUCACCUCAGGGGAGAAGGAGACGCGGGCGUGGACCAUCCGGGCGGGCAUGACAGCGCCACAGGCAGCAGGGGUCAUCCACACCGACUUCGAGCGCGGCUUCAUCCGCGCUGAAACGAUCUCCUACGAUGACUUUGUGGCCAGUGGUUCUUAUGCGGCGGCCAAGGAGAAAGGCCUGCUGCGAGCUGAAGGCAAAGAGUACACUGUGCAGGAGGGAGAUGUUAUGCUUUUUAGAUUCAACGUAUAAGUAACAACCAGCCUAGAGUCUGGGAGCCAUAAGAGCUAGGUCUUUUUCAGCAUGACAAACCAAGCAGCCCAAUUUUGAGGGCAUAUUCCUUUUGUUGGAAAUGUUGAAAAGACUUACCGUAUGUCGGAGACCCGCUGGGGUUGCCCUUGAGAUCCUCGAGGAAGGGCCACAGGUGCAAAGCCCUUUUAACUCAGUGGUUAGUGACAGAGUUCUAACAGUCAAACAUAUAUUGUUAUGUUUGUAUAGACUGUAUAG